UUGUAAUCAGUACAAAGAAAGCGUAGAAUCCAUCAGGUUUUCAGUUGCAAGUUAUCUUCGUUAGAGUAAGCAAGCUGACCAAACACUGUGAGGAACUGGAAACGGAACGCGAAAAGUCUUGAAAAUGUUUUCAAAAUCUGAAGCUUUUUUUCUUGUGAUGGUCGUCAUGAUGGCGAUGGUGUUUGCUGACGCUGCAAAACACGGGUCUGAACGGCGAGGUGGUGGAAUGAGCAAGCCUGCUACAGUAAUAGUAUGCCAAGUCACUAACCAACCGUACGAGGGCAUUUUUCGUCACCGCCGAUGCUUAGUAGACAACCCGAACAUUGGAAACAAAAACACGGUCUGCGAGACGCAUACUGACCCUUAUCGAAGCCAUUUAGAGUUGGAUAGAGUAGUUAAGAAUACUAAUUGUGCGCCUGGACACAUCUGCUGUGAGGGUUACACAAUGGAACAAAAACCGGAAAGAUUACCAAUUCUUAAUAAUCCUAACCACUGACAAACCAGAGUCGGACGGCUGUUGUAAAGCAACGACAAUCUUUCUGUGCUGAUAAGUCAGAAUAAAGUGUUAGCAUAACUUGUU